AUGGAUCAAAUCAUCUCAUAUCUUCCUCCCUUCGAGGGUCUUCUGCCCAAGUGGCUCUUGUUUGUCUCCGUUGUCUCCGCCGUCAACAGUCUACAGGCUUACUGCUCUCCCGAUUACACUUCCAAGCUCUAUACCAAUGGCGCCAUGGCCGUUGAGCCUCUCUCCGGUCGUGUCUUUGGUACCUGGACUUUCCUCUCCGCCGUCAUUCGCUUUACCGCCGCCUACAACAUUGACUCCCCUGUUGCAUACAACCUCGCUAUCUGGACCUACGGCAUUGCGCUGACCCACUUCGUUGGUGAGCUUGUUUUCGGAAAUGCUUCCCUCAAGGGACGCUUCCUUAGCCCGUUGAUUGUCGCGUCCUCGUCUGUUGCUUGGAUGUUGACUCAGCGUGAGUUCUACCUGGCUUAA